AUGAAAUUUUCUCAUUCAUUACAGUUUAAUGCUGUACCUGAAUGGUCAUCAAAAUAUAUUGCUUAUUCUCAUCUGAAAAAAUUAAUAUAUGCUUUGCAAAAGGAAAAACUUUAUAAUAAUUCAAUCCAAGAUGAUUCAAUUAACGUCCAAGACAAUUUGCCCACUUCUUCCUCCAUAAAUCGUCAGCUUUCCUUAGAUACAGAAAAUUCCCCUCUGUUGGCUGCUCGUUCACCAAUUGAUAACAACGUUCUAUUACAAAAUAAUAACGAUAUCUAUAUCAAUAAAUUUAUCAAUGAAUUGAAUUUACAAUUGUCAAAAAUUGAUAAAUUCUAUAGUUUGCAAGAAACAAAUUUAAUAGAAAAUUUAUUGAAUUUAAAAAUUGAUAUUAAGAAUUUUGAUAACAUCUAUUUAUCAAAUUUGAUAAAUCCAAUAAUCAACCAACCUACUUCAAUCCAUUCUUCUAUUCACUCAAAUGUCGAGAAUUCAAGUAUUCUAUUACACAGGAAUAAAUCUUUACCCACUAAUAGAAUACCCAUGGAUUUAAAUGAACAAAUAGUCACAAGUGGAAAUAAUAUUCAUGGCAAUGAUGAAGAUGAUGAUAAUGAAAGUAAUUAUGGUUUCGACCCCCUUGUCAAUACUUUGUCAACUCCAAAUUUCGAUAAUCAUGGAAGAAAAGUUUCUUUGCCAAAUUCAUUAAACAUUAUCGAUAAUAAUAUAUUCAUUGAAAAUAAGAUUACUUUGAAGAAAAGAUUGAUAUCCAUCUAUACACAAUUCAAUGAAUUGUUGGAUUUUAUUAAUUUAAAUUUAACUGGGUUCACUAAAAUUUGUAAAAAAUUUGAUAAAUCUUUGGAUACAAACAUUAAAAUAUACUAUUUAAAUUUAAUCACUAAAAAUUCCCAUAUUUUCCAAAAUAAUACAAUCGAAAAUAUUAAAAAAAUUAUCGUGGAAAUAAUUAUAAUUUUUGCAAAAUUUACCAAUUCUAUACCACAACAAAAUUCUCUGAUAUCAAGUGACCUAGAUGAUAACAAUACAAUCUCCCCUAUUAUCAACGAUUAUGAUAGAGAUAUCGAAGAAUUAGAAGAAAAUGAAUUGUUCUCAACUGCAAAAAUCCAACUUUCCUCACAUUUGAGAGAUCAUAUCAUUUGGGAAAGAAAUACUGUAUGGAAAGAUAUGAUUAAUUUGGAGAGAAGAGCAAAUAAUGUUAAUAAUAACAAUAACAUUAAUUAUUUUGACUCUUUAUACUCAACAUUUAAGAUUAACAAUAGUAAUAAACAAAGUGGUAAAUAUUCAACAGAUAAAGAAAAAAAUAAUAAGGAAUCCACUGAUUUAUUCAAUAUCAUCGAUUUAAUUUCAUUAAAAAGAGGCAUGAUUAAUUUCAGUAUUGUGACAGCAAUUUUCCUAACCUUACUUAAGUUUUCUCCAUUUGAUGACACUUUACAAAAAAAUUGUUUUGCAAUUUUGAUCUAUGCUUCCAUCUUAUGGGCUACUGAAAUUAUCCCCUUAUUUGUUACAGCUUUGAUGAUCCCAUUGUUGAUCGUAAUCUUACCGGUUUUAUCAGAUCCUAAAGACCCGACUAUUAUAUUAACUCCUGUCGAAUCUUCCCAAUAUAUUUUAUCUACCAUGUGGUCAAGUGUCAUUAUGCUGCUAUUAGGUGGUUUCACUUUAGCGGCUGCAUUAUCAAAGUAUAAUAUUGCCAAAAUCAUCUCUACAAAAAUUCUAUCUUCAGUUGGUACUAGUCCAAAAAUGAUUUUAUUUACAAAUAUGUGCUUAGCCCUAUUUAUUUCUAUGUGGAUUUCAAAUGUUGCAGCUCCUGUCAUUUGUUUCUCCAUUAUACAACCAAUCUUAAGAACUUUACCAAAACACUCAAUGUUCGGCAAGUCCUUAAUUUUAGGUAUUGCAUUAGCUUCAAAUAUCGGUGGUAUGACCUCUCCUAUAUCCUCACCUCAAAAUAUUUUUGCAAUUUCCUUAAUGGAACCUCAACCUUCCUGGACUGAAUGGUUCAUCAUUUCCAUCCCAGUCUGUAUAAUUUCUACAAUUUUGAUUUGGGCUCUACUGAUUAUAACUUUCCCACCUGAUCGUAAUUUGAAGAUACUACAAGUCCAUCCAAUUAAGGAAAAAUUUACCUUUACGCAAUGGCUGGUAAUCUCUUUCUCAAUUUUAACUAUCUUACUAUGGUGUUUCUCAAAUAAAAUUUCAAACAUAUUUGGCGAAUUAGGUAUUAUUUCUAUCAUACCAUUGGUUCUAUUCUUCGGUACAGGUUUAUUAAAUUCAGAAGACUUUAAUAAUUUUAUGUGGACAAUUGUGGUAUUAGCCAUGGGUGGUACCACAUUGGGUAAGGCUGUUUCUUCUUCAGGUUUACUAGGCACAGUUGCAAAUUAUGUUAAAGAAAAGGUAGAGCACGAUUCUUUAUUUGAAAUUACUUUAAUAUUCGGUAUCCUAAUAUUGAUUAUUGCAACAUUUGUGUCUCAUGUAGUUGCUGCAAUGAUUGUAUUGCCAUUAAUGGAUGAAAUCGGUAAGAAUCUAGGAUCGAACCAUUCAAGAUUGCUAAUUAUGAUUGCUGCAUUCUUAUGUUCAUGUGCAAUGGGUCUACCUACCUCGGGUAUACCAAAUGUAACUGCAAUCUCAAUGACAGACGAAUUGGGUAAUAGAUACCUGACAGUAAGCAAUUUUAUUACAAGAGGUGUCCCUGCCAGUUUCCUUGGCUAUUUUGUUAUUAUAACUGUUGGUUUCGGAUUAAUGAAACUAACGGGAUUUUAA